AAUUCGUGCGGUGUGCUCAGUUCUAGUUGAACCGUUCGCGGUAACGGGUGUGCCUUUUCUUAGCGCCAGUGCAGACCCUAGUUGUGUUUCGCACCUUCAGCAGCUUGUGUGCCAGUGUGUCGUUGCGGAACGUGUCGAGCGUAUCGAGCCUUGUUGACACUUAAAUAGGCGCAAACCGUAGAUCAAAUCGUGUGGUGUGAGUUGUUGUGACUGACGUGCGUGCGUUUUGAACGAGGACCGAACCGUCUCCCGUACGGUUGUGAUAACAAAAGAACAGACGCGAGGCGCGAGAGGAGUUACGAGAGGGUUGUGCGAGACCCUUCUCCGGUGGGGCUGAACGGAGGUCCUACCAGUCAACCAGCAGACUUCUGUGCGCAAUCAACAAUCACUAUCCUUUGCAGCUGGUAUCGUCACCACCAACAAUGAUCAGGUUAAUAGCAAUAGCUGCGGCUAUUGCAAUCGGUGGUAUCGAUGGUCAGUUUCUGGCCUUCGAUCAACACGCAACCGAGUGCGCACUGUACGUGAACGGACCGGGCAAGUCGUCCGCGUUCGACUACAACCUCAACCUGUUCCGUGGCACAAUUGCACCGCUGCAUGCCGAACCGACCACCUGUAUUACGUACGAUGCCAUCAACCAGGCGUACCUGGAUGCCCGGAAGCGGAUCCGCGUAUCGCAACCGAAAGGUGACUGGAAGACGGAAGACAUCGCGACCGUCGGUGAGCUGCUGCUAGACAUCUCGAUUCAGCUUGCCAGAACGUACGGUUUGUCGUACGAAGAGAUCGAGAAGGGUCUCCCAUCGAUCGACACCUCCAAAACACUGAUCCGUGAGGUAUGUCCAGCGUUCCUGUCCGGUGUGGAGUGUCGCCCGGGCAAGUACCGCCGGGUGGAUGGGCUUUGCAACAAUCUGAAGCAUCCAACAUGGGGUGCAGCGAUGACACCGUUCCAGCGGCUGAUCGGACCACUGUACGCGGAUGGCAUCAACGCACCGCGCAUCUCGAUUACCGGUCACGAUCUGCCCCUGUCGCGUGUCGUGUCCCGCACGAUCCAUCCGGACGAGGGUUACCAUGAUCAUGCCGGUACGGUGUUCGUUAUCGCAUGGGGACAGUUUAUGGAUCACGACUUUACGCUCACUGCCACGCCGCUCGAUCCGAUCAACCGUAACGAUCCGGAGGAGUGCUGCAAACGGCCACCCCAUCUGAAGCACCCGUACUGUAAUGAGAUUCGCGUCCCGGACGACGACUACUUCUACCGGCUGUUUAACGUCAAGUGUAUCGAUUUCGUGCGCGGUUUCCCAUCGCCCCGUGCCGGCUGUCGGCUCGGAUCGCGCCAACAGUUCAACACGCUUACCUCCGUCAUCGAUGGUAACACGAUCUACGGUGUGAAUGAGAAGUUUACCAGGAAACUGCGCACCGGGUACAAUGGACUGUUGCGCAUGAACCCGGUGUUUGCCGAGUACGGGCUGAAGGAUCUGUUGCCGCUGAAGCUGGACAUUCCGGACGAGGGUUGUACGCGACCGAACAAGAGCAUGUUCUGCUUCGAGGCGGGAGAGAUCCGUGUGAACGAGCAGCUGGUACUGACCUGCAUGCAUACGCUGCUGGCCCGCGAACACAACCGCAUCGCGACCGAGCUCGGCAAGAUCAAUCCGCACUGGGACGAUGAAACGCUGUUCCAGGAGGCGCGCCGUAUUAACAUCGCCAUCAUCCAGCACAUCACGUACAACGAGUUCCUGCCGAUUCUGCUCGGCAAGGAGGUGAUGGAGAAGUUCGGGCUGCUCACGCAGAAGGAAGGCUACUGGGAUGGGUAUGACGAGAACAUCAACCCGGCCAUCAUUGAUUCGUUCGCUUCGGCUGCGUUCCGUUUCGGACACUCGCUGCUACCGACUGCCGUCGAGCGUUGGUCGAAGGCACACAAGUUUAUCGCUUCCAAGCGUCUGUCGGAUCUGAUUCGUCGUCCGUACGAUCUGUACCGGGCGGGUGUGUACGACGAGUACCUGAUGGGACUGAUGAACCAGGUGGCCCAGGCGAUGGAUGACUCGAUCACGCAGGAAGUUACGAACCAUCUGUUCAAGAAGGAGGGUGCCCGGUUCGGUAUGGAUCUGGUGUCGUUCAAUAUGCAGCGUGGCCGCGAGUUCGGUGUGCCUGGUUACAUGGAGUUCCGCAAGUUCUGCGGGCUGCCCACGUCCGACAACUUCGAGGAGCUGUUCGGUUCCAUGCCCAACGAGACGGUGCGCCGGUACGAGAGUAUCUUCGAACAUCCAGCUGAUGUGGAUCUGUGGUCUGGAGGUGUGUCCGAGCGUUCGUUGCCUGGUUCGAUGUUGGGACCUACCUUCGCCUGCAUCAUCGCCACCCAGUUCAGCUACGUGCGACGCGGCGAUCGAUUCUGGUACGAGCUGCCAAACCAGCCGUCCUCCUUCACGCCGGAACAGCUGCAGGAGAUCCGUAAGGCGAAGCUUGCCCGUCUGAUCUGCGACAACACUGACCUGAUCGAUACUGUGCAGAUCUACCCGAUGGUGCUGCCAGAUCACGAAAUUAAUCCCCGAGUGCCAUGCAAGAGUGGAAUUCUUCCUUCCAUCGAUCUGUCCAAGUGGGCCGACUAUGGUCACGAGACUCACUCACCUCACCAAUAUCAAUUCUUGAACGACAUCCCGGAAACGAUUGGAUUCAAAUAGUGGAGGCACAGUCACGGCCACCCAUCACUCAAUGUACGCUGAGAUUCUAGAUGUAUCAUCCUCCGCCCCCAAACCUACCGGUAGACCCCCGGUUUCUUCCUUCCGUCUUCAGGACGAGCGUGCUGGUGGAUUAUAUCGCGGGGAUGGUUCACAGAACCUGUCACCGUCACAGCAGCUCACCUAGCCAUUUAGCCAUCUCUACCCCCCCCCCCCACCCUUUUCCCCCACUGUUUCAUUGUAUUAUACACAUUUCAAGUUGGAAUUCGAAUUCGCCCCACUUAGCAUUGUUACAUUGCGAGCAGUCGCAAACGAGCCGCUGCCAGAACGCAUUUAGCCGAGGUACACCUCGACAAGACACACCGCUAGACAAUAGUGGCCAUUAGCAAGGUGGUUGCACUGUGCGUCCACUACCGGAGCAGACCGGAACAGACCGACACAGGAGGCAGCGCACUCAUCCAUAUCCAACUGGGCAGGCAUCACGUAGAGUCCUUCCGCUGACAACCGCAUCCAGAUCCUGUGAAACAUUCCCAAGAGUAUAGCUGUACAACGAAAUCUGACCCCAUCGAACGAAUCAGCAAGAAGCUGCGAUGUUGUGACUGCACCGGGAGUGUAUCCGGUAGUGGACAUAGCACGCACGCCGCAAUUGUGCCUGCCUGCCCAUUCCUCUUCUGCUAUGCCACGGACGUUCGUCACCUUAAGAGAAUUUAUAUAUAAAUACGUUUAUUCCGUUUUCCCGUUUUUUUUUUGUUUUGUUUUAUUUUAUUUUAUUUGUAUUGUUUAGAGCGGCCCUUGUUUUUGUGUAAUAUUUAUGUAAAUAAUAAAUUGUUCGAUCAAAUGGGUUUGUUUCUCA